AUGCAUUUAUCAAAAAGUAUAAAUAAAUUAACAUUAGAUUCAUUAACUUCAGAUAAUCAUAAUCUACAAAAAUCAAUAACAAAUAAUUCAACAUUAAUAAAUUCAAAUGAUUAUUAUAAUCCAAAUGAUACAAAUGAAAUUUUAAAUUUCCCCUCCAUAAAUAUUAAAAAUAUAGAUUAUGAAUUUUUAGAAAAAAAUUAUCAAAUUUUUAAACAUUAUCCAUCAUAUAUUCAUAAUUCAAAUAUUACUACUCCUGAUUUAAGAGAUUUAAUAGUUGAUAAACCAAUAUAUAAUGAAGCAAAUAAACAUGUUAAAAAGAAGAAGAAAAAAAGAGUUAAAGGUGGUUGUGGGGACUUAAGAGAAUCAAGAAGAUUGAGAAAAGAACGAAAAGAACAACGUAAAGAAUUAUAUAAUGAACAAAAGGAACAACUCAAAGAAAUGAAACAAGAAAUAAAAAAUUUACAUAAUGAUCAAAAACAAGAACGUAAAGAUUUUAGACAACAACAACUAGUAGGAAGUAAUAUUAAAAAAUCUUAUUGUGGUCAUUAUUCUAAAAAAAUUAAUAAUAUAAAUAAUGCAAAUGGUGGUAGUAAUGAUAUAAUUCAAAAUUCAGGUCAAAUAAACCCUUAUCAAAUGAAAACUCAAUUUUCGGAAAAUACUGAUAAUACAAUGUCAAGAUCAAAUUCUCAAUUUACUCAAACAAAUGAUUUUAAUUAUGAUUCAGAAACUGAUGAAAUUGAUGAUUUUAAUAAUACUGGUAGUAAUAAUAAAUCAUUAUAUAAACAACAAACUAAUAAUAAUCAAAAUAAUAAUUAUAAUGUGGGUUAUGAUUCUGAAAAAACUGAAGUUGAAAAUGAAGAUGAUCAAUUUAAUCCAAUUUUUUUUAAUAAUCCAUUUGAAAUGGGUAAAAAAAUUCCAUCAACUAUAUCAAUGUCAAAAUCUUCUUCCUUUAAUAAUUAUACAACCACCACCACCAAUAAUAAUAAUAAUAAUAAUAAUGGUUAUAAUUAUCCCUCAUUUAAUUCAAGAAAUAACUCAAUAAAUAUUCCAAAUAAUUUAAAUCCUUUACAACCAUUACAUCUGAAUACUACCAUUAAUGGAUCAAAAAGAAGAUCAUCAUCAAUUACUUCAAUCAACAGUAGUCAAAAUGGGUCACAAAAUAGAUAUAAUAAUAGUAAUGGUAAUUGUGCAUCAACUACAAUGACUAGUAUACAACCAAGAAGAUCAACUUCAAUAGCAUCAAAAUUUAUGAAUAUGUUUACAAGUACUAGUCAUAAUUCUAAUAACUCAAAUCAAAAUCAAAAUCAUAAUAAUACAUCAGAUGAAGAUCAACAAUUUAAUAGUGAAGGAUCAACAGAAAAUGAAGAAAAAUUAAUAAUUGAUGAUAUUGGAUCAUUUAAUAGUAGUGGAGGUGGUAAUGGAAUGAAUAGAAAAGGCUCAAUAAUAAAUCAUAAAUUAAAUCAUCAAAAUAAUUUACAACCUUUUAAUAGUAAUGGUAUACAAAAUCAAUAUCAACAACAAUUACCAACUUAUAAUCAAUUUAAACAACAUCAACCUCAACAAUUUGAACUGUAUCCAAUUCAAAAAUCAAAUACUUUUGAUCAAACAAAAUCUUCAAAAACUACUUUAAAAAAUAAAUUAAAAAUGAAAUUAACUAAUGAAUCUAGAAGAUAUAGUGAACAAUUUGAAGUUGUUACAGAAAAUGUCACAAAUGGUCAUACUGGGGAAGUACAAACCAUUCAAUAUACUCAAUCUCAAAUGGUUGGUCAUGGAUCAUUUGGAGUUGUUUUCCAAACUCAAAUAAUGCCAACUAAUGAAAUUUGUGCAAUGAAAAGAGUAUUACAAGAUAAAAGAUUUAAAAAUAGAGAAUUAGAAAUUAUGAAAACUGUUCAUCAUAGAAAUAUUGCUGAUUUAAAAUAUUUUUUUUAUACAAAUAAUGAUAAAAAUGAAUUAUAUCUUAAUUUAAUUUUAGAAUUUGUACCUGAAACUUUAUAUAAAGCAUCCCAUUAUUAUGUAUCAAAAAGAUUAAAUAUGCCAUCAUUAGAAAUUAAAUUAUAUACUUAUCAAAUGUUUAGAGCUUUAAAUUAUAUUCAUAGUAUGAAAAUUUGUCAUAGAGAUAUAAAACCUCAAAAUUUAUUAAUAAAUCCUUCAACUGGUGAAUUAAAAUUAUGUGAUUUUGGUUCAGCAAAAAAAUUACUGCCUGAUGAACCAAAUGUUUCAUAUAUAUGUUCAAGAUAUUAUAGAGCUCCUGAAUUAAUAUUUGGUGCAACAAAUUAUACAACAAAAAUAGAUGUUUGGAGUGCAGGAUGUGUAAUGGCUGAAUUAAUCUUGGGGCAACCAUUAUUUCCAGGAGAAUCAGGUAUUGAUCAAUUAGUUGAAAUUAUUAAAAUAUUAGGUACACCAUCAAAAGAUCAAAUUAAAAAUAUGAAUCCUAAUUAUAUGGAACAUAGAUUCCCACAAAUAAAACCAAUACCAUUACAUAAAAUUUUCAAAAAAAUGAAUAAUGAUUGUAUACAAUUUUUAAUUAAAGUUUUACAAUAUUCACCAAUUGAAAGAAUUAAUUGUAUACAAGCAAUGAUUGAUCCAUAUUUUGAUGAAUUAAGAAAUGAACAAACAAAAUUACCAAAUUAUAGAAAAUUAUUUAGUCAACAAUUUCAUCAUCAUCAUAAUUCUAGUAAUAAUAAUGGUUCAAUAAAUGGUGGUCAUUCAAAUGCUGCUCAAUAUCAAUUAUAUAAUAAUCAACCAGAUUUAAAAAAUUUACCUGAAUUAUUUGAUUUUGAUGAAUUAGAAUUAUCAGUUGAACCGAAUUUAAAUCAUAAAUUAAUUCCACAAUGGAAACAAGAACAAAAUCAACAACAAAAUCAUAAUCAAGAAAAUUAUCAACAACCACCACAACAACAACAACAAGCACAACAAUAA